AUGAAGAUUUUGGAAACUUAUGAACAAGGCUCAGGACAAAUGAUCAACAUGGAAAAGUCUUCAGCCUUCUUUAGCAAGAAUGUGGAUCAGGAGGAACAAAAAGAAAUCUGCAGCAGACUAGGAAAUAUACAGGUGGUACAUCAAGGGAAGUACUUGGGAUUGCUUAUGGUCAUUACCAGAACCAAGGACCAGAUUUUUGGUUUUGUCAGAGACAAAUGUCAGAAAACAGUCUCUAACUGGUGCAACAAGAAGCUCUCCCAAGCAGCAAAGGAGGUUUUACUGAAAGCUAUAACCAUGGCAAUGUCAUGUUUCAAGCUUCCAGUGAAACUAUGCAAAGACAUACAUGCUUUAAUGGCAAGAUUUUGGUGGGGAGAAGAUAAUGGAAAAAGAAAAGUGCAUUGGUGUUCAUGA